UUAAAAGGUAGUUCAUGUUCUUACAUUUAUAGAAUCUAUGUAGAUGGUAACUUCAAGGAUCAUAGUUUUAGACAAAGACAAGAAAGACAAAAAGAAGUUGUUACUCCCAAGAAAUCAAUAUAUGAGCUUCAAAAAUCCUAUUGUUCCUAUAAAAUGCAGUUUCAGAGGAGUUGCUCUAGAUGAUCUAACAGGAACCAACACUAUAUCUAACAUCCCUAUUCAAAGAGUAAAAUUCAAGCGAAGCCAGACUAGAAUUAUGAAAUACGACCAGAGCAUCCUCGAUCUCCAAGAAGACACUAAAUCCGAGUCUAUCAGUGACAGCUCCUUCUUCUCUGCCAAAAAUAGCUUAUCCAAUCCCCCUAAAAACACCCCUUCCUCCAAACCUUCCAAAACCCCAAAAAAUCCCCAAAAUCCUCAAAAUCCUCAAAAUCUCCCUUCUUUCAUAAAACCUCCAAAAACUUCUCCACCUCAACACCCUUCAAAAUCCCCAAAACCCCCUUGUUCCCUUAACUUGAAACUUCCAAUAAUCAGGCAAAUUUCGAAAGCUAUUAAAGAAAAUCCAGUAGUGAGACAAUGAAUUCUAGAAGAAAACCUUACAAUGGAAGAGAUAAGAUGGAAAAGUUGUUCGGGGAAUAACCCGAAGGGCUCUACCAGGCUCAGAGCUGAUGGGAAGAGCUUUGAGAACAAGAGUGGAAGAAGAGCAGACGAAGGCGGGUUUGGGAAGAGGGGUUUGAGGAGUGGAGCAGGGAAGUUGCCCAGAACUAAGAAGGAGAAGAAGCGGAACGUAUUGAUUCAAUUGUGAUUUUUAGGGGAUGCGUGUUGGAGGCGUCGAGAAGGAGUUUAUUAAAG